AUGAGUCUUCAGACAGCAGCGCACACUCAGUACAACAGCAGCAAACCUUCGGUUGGCGUUGGUAUGUGGACCGAAGAGGAGCACGCUCGCUUUCUGGAAGGUGUCAAGCUCUUCUCAAACGGACCCUGGAAGCGUGUGGCCGCGUACGUCGGCACACGCAACGUGCGUCAAACCAUGACCCAUGCGCAGAAAUACCGCCUAAAAGCUGCGCGGCGACUUCGUGAGGCUCAACGCAAACAGGCAGCGGUUCGCCAUGGACUGUACAACGCUCAACGAGGUAUUGAGGUCGCAGUGGACUCCCCAAAUGCACGACAGUCACUGAACAGCCCAUCCGGAAGCGGACUCGGACUGGGUUCAUACUCGAAGAGUCGUCCACCGUGUACUUGUCUUGAAAAGGACUGUCCGCAUGUGGAUGAUGCGAGUAAAAUCUACAUGUCCAUUGCGGAUGCCAUCAAAAUCCUUGACUCCAAGACGUCGUCUUUUGCUGGUUCACCGGUCUCCACAGAUGAAACAUUGAGUAACACGUGGCUGGAUGCCGGCAAGUAUGUCAAUCUCGAGGCGUUCGGUAGUGACGACCUCAUCCCUUUGGACUCUACAGCCAGAGAAUCGCAUGAAUUUCCGACGCUCGAGGACUGUGCCAGCGAACUACUGGACCUGCUCUUUUGA